AACCUAGAAAAUCCUUUCUCUUUCUCUCUCUUCCUCUCUAUCUCUAUCUCUCUCUUUCUUGUCGUUUCUUCUUGGCCGGAAAGUCUGUUUCGAUCCGCCGGAGAAUCUGAGAUUCCGGCUGGUACUGUCUCCGUCGACUGUUGACUUUUCCCUAUUAGGUCUGGGAAUUAGGGUUUCGUCGUACGAGGCUGCGUUCACGUUUUUCGAAGCCCGAGAUCAGUCUAACCCUAGGGGUUGUGGAGGCUCGAUGAGCGUACGAUUGGGGUGCAGUUGAGUCAACUGGAGGGAUUUCGUCACCGGAUGGAGGGAGGUAGCGUCCUAGACUUACUUCUUCUGGGAUACACCCAUGGAUUAUGAUGACAAUGAUUUUCAAAGCCAAAAUCUUCGGUUAGCUGGUGAAGGGAGUGCCAAAUUUCCUCCUGUUUUAGGGCCAUAUGCUCUUCCCAAGUUUGAUUUUGAUGACAGCCUCCAGGGGCAUCUAAGGUUUGAUAGUUUGGUUGAAACUGAGGUUUUUCUUGGCAUUGAAAGUCAAGAAGACAACCAGUGGAUUGAGGAUUUCUCUCGGGGAAGUAGUGGGAUAGAGUUUAGUUCAAGUGCUGCAGAAUCUUGCUCUAUAUCCAGGCGGAACAAUGUUUGGUCUGAGGCCACGUCCUCAGAAUCUGUUGAAAUGCUAUUAAAAUCUGUUGGGCAGGAAGAAAUUGUUCCAGGUCAAACUACUGUCAAGGACUCAGGUGCCUGUGAUGAGUUGGGAAGCAUAACUAAGCAAAUGGAGCAUAAUCUGAAACCAGAUAAUAGCAAUCUUUCUAACGUGGGUAAUGUUAUAGAUUCAGGACCUACAAUACGCCCAGAUGAGUUUCUGGGAAGUUUUUCUGUUCUAAACGAAGAUGCAGGAAAAGAACUACCUCAGAUUGAGGAUACGUCACAAACUCGUGAAGGUGACUCAUUGGCUUACAGAAGUUCCACUGACUUACCUGUCACUGAGGGAAAUAUGUUAAUUGAUAGCAAAGAUGAUGAUGCAAAUCAAAGGGAAAUUGAUACUUUGGUUAAUGAAUCCCUGAAUAACAAUACUCAGGACGAUUUCUCUGCUUCUGGGAUGCAAGUUGAUAAUAUAAUCACCUCUAUGCAUAAUGUCGUUACAAGUGCUGAGGAGUUGAACAAUCUAAAGGCUCCCCCAGAUCAUAUAAAUGAUAUUAGUCAUGGUAGUGGAGAUGCCUUAUCAAAAGAUAAUGAUGUGGAUGGAGAGGAGCACAAUGUUUUGAGCAAGGAGGACCAAAUGAAUGAUAAAGUUCUGGAGGGAAAUUUAGUUGACAGUGGUGCUGGUAACUUGGAGCACCCUCUCUAUUUGGACUCCGAAGAAUCUAGGGGAGAAGGAAAUGCUGUUGAAACUUGUACUAGUAAUGUGGAGGGACCUUCUAGUACGAUCGUGAAGAGUGAUUCUGAACUGAAUGUUGUGGAAGGAUGCAGCGAGGGUGUGAAGGAAUCUGUUCAGGAGAGCAAAUGUGAAGAAGUGGUCUUGUCAAAAGACACAGAAAUGGUUGACCAAUUUACAGGAAAUAUGCAUGGGGGCUCACCCAUUGCUUCAAAAGGUGAGAGUAGUUUUUCAGGGCAUGCUGUUGAGGUCAGCAACAGAAAUGCAGAAAAUUGUGCCAUAUUAGAGCAGAAGAUGGAAUCUCAUGUGCAGCUGACUUAUGGAAAGACCAGCUUUGUGAAGAAAAAGGAUGAUUUGUUGGAAAGUGGGAACCAAUUGAAUAGUGAGAUUUCAACCAGUCACUUGGACACUUCUCUGUUAUCUGAGGAAACCAAUAAACUUUCUGAAGGUAAUUGUGAUGGAAGUGGAAGCCAUCACGAGGGAGAUAUUUCUAGUAAGCUUGUGGUAUCUUCUUCAGCUGAAUUGUGUGGGGAAUCACAUACAGCUGAAAAUGUAAAAUGUGCAAAUGUUGCUUUUGGAGUUCAUGGAGAAGAUCUAAAUGCUGGAGACCAUGUUCCAAUUUCCACUCCAUCCGAGUCUACUCAAAUACGCAUUCAAAAUGCAGUCUCCAGGCAGAGUGGUAUUCAUAACUUUGAUUCAGAUGUUCCUGUUGUUGAGGAGGGGAAUGUGAAGUUGAGUACUGAUUUGAGUAAUAUGGAACAUGAGAUUGGUGGAUCAUUGCCUAUUGGUGAAUGUAGCAAAGAAAAUGAGGUGGUAGUUCCUAGAUUACAAUCUGAUGCUGCUUCUAGGAAUGAACCAGCACCAGAUGUAGUCUUGAAAGAUACUGACUUGGUAUCACAUGAAACAUUAGAUGGUUCUUCCUCGCCUUCUGGUUUAGGUGUUAGCACUGUUGAUUCUUUUGUCCAUAAAGAGGAUGGGAAACCACCUUCACUUAUAGUGGGGCUUACUCACUUGGAUAGAAAGGAAGAAGUUGCAGAUGGAGGUUCUGUGGAAGUAAGUUUAUCAGCUGGGAUCGAGCAUUCUCAAGUGGGAAGUAAGAUGGUUUCAGCUUCUGAUGAAAAAGAUGCAUGUUGUGACACUGCUGGAGAGAAGCCAUCUGAGGCAAUCGAUUCAUCUUUGCCAAUGAUGGAGAUUUCUAAUGCAGUGAGCCAGAAUGAACCUCAAGCAAUGAUCACUGACAAAGACGAUCAAGAGUCUAAGAAGUUGGAAGUAUGCCCUGUUCUGUGUGAUUCAACAGUGAAAGAGGGUGAUGGUGCUGAAGCAGUACUUGUUAAAAUUUCUGAAGAAGCAACCACAAAAGAGGGCUUUGAUGAGGCUUCCUUAAAAGUUACAGAUGUGGAAAUUUCAAGAAAAGGACACAUGCUUACACCACCUGUGCCUUUCUCCUCGGAGGGUUCUUGCUCUGAUAUUGGCCAAAAAGUUCAGGAGGAAAAUGGAGCUACUUCAGUGUCUGGAGAUAAGUGUCAGCAGACAGCUGUCUCAAGUACUGGAAGUGAUGCUUUAAAUGGCCAUGAAGGUUCCUUCAGUGCCGCGUCAGUGUCAGAACAUGAUGCUAAGCUUCAUGUGACUGAAGGUGGGAAGAACAAUGCAGACUCUGAUAAGCCUAAUUGUGGCUCUCCUACUGUCAUUAGUUGCAUCGACCUUCCCCAGAGUGAAAAAGAAUCCCAGGAGGGAGUAAGGAGUGCUGUAGGUCAGAAUGUUCCAGUACCAGAGGUAAUUGAUGGGGUUCCUCUAAAAGGUUCUUCUAUGUCUCAGGAUCCUAAAGAAGAUGAUUCCUCGAAAGAUGAGAGAAGCUUCUCCUUUGAGGUGGGUGCAUUGGCAGAUCUGCCUGAAAGAGAAGCUGGCAAGUGUUGGCAACCAUUCUCUACUCAAGCAUGCAAAACAUCUGUGAUCGUCGAGGGAUCUCCUUCAACAUCAGUCUUAGGCCAAAUGGAUCCUAAGAUGGCACAGGAAAUUUCUCGUGGAAGCUCUCGAGCAUCUGGAGGGAUCACAUCUGGCAGUUCUAAAGGUACUGAACGUAAAACAAAGCGCGCAUCUGGCAAGGCAACUGGGAAAGAAACUGCUAAGAAAGGCAGCAAUGUGAAAGAUACAGCUCAUGCAAGACAGCCACCAGAGAGAGUGGACAAAUCUGGCAAUUUGUCUCCAAGCCCAUCAGGGGCUACUCACUAUGUGCAAUCCAAAGAGGUGCAACACACUGGAAAUAUGGAGCGCAGCAGUACAAAAUCAUGUGGUACUCUUACAACACCCACAUCUAACCUUCCGGAUUUGAAUACUUCAGCUUCUCCAUCUGCAAUAUUUCAACAGCCUUUCACAGACUUACAGCAAGUGCAAUUGCGUGCUCAGAUCUUUGUUUAUGGAUCAUUGAUCCAAGGAACGGCACCCGAUGAAGCGUGCAUGGCAUCAGCCUUUGGAACACCUGAUGGUGGAAGGAGCUUGUGGGAAAAUGCAUGGCAUGCUUCUGUAGAAAGGCUUCAAGGACAAAAAUCCCAUCCCAGCAAUCCUGAAACCCCUUUGCAGUCUCGAUCAGGUGCUAGAACUCCUGAUCAAGCAUCCAUUCAACAAGGUGCUCUUCAAGGUAAAGUUAUUCCUUCACCUGUUGGUAGAGCCAGCAGCAAGGGUACCCCUUCGACAAUUGUAAAUCCCAUGAUGCCUCUUCCAUCACCACUUUGGAGUAUUUCUACUCAGGGUGAUGUUAUGCAGUCCAGUGGUUUGCCAAGAGGUGGACUUAUGGACCAUCAUCCGGCACUUUCUCCAUUGCAUCCUUAUCAGACUCCGCCUGUAAGGAACUUUGUUGGACAUAACACUUCUUGGAUAUCUCAGCCUACUUUUCCAGGUUCCUGGGUUCCCUCUCAAACUUCUGGACUUGAUGCCAGUGUUCGUUUUCCUGCCCUGCCUGUAACAGAAACAGUUAAAUUAACACCUAUUAGAGAGUCAACUGUGCCACAUUCUUCCAGUGUGAAGCAUGUCUCUUCUGGUCCUAUGGGUCAUAGUGGAGGUCCUACAAGUGUUUUUGCUGGGACUUCACCUCUUCUUGAUGCAAAAAAGGCAACAGCAUCCCCUGGCCAACCCACUACUGACCCAAAGCCUAGAAAGAGGAAAAAGACUCCUGCUUCUGAGGGUCCUGGCCAGAUCUCUUUGCCAUCUCAAUCUCAAACAGAACCAAUUCCUGUUGUUACGAGUCAUUUUUCUACAUCUGUUUCCAUCACAACUCCUGCAAGCCUGGUUUCUAAAAGUAAUACUGGGAAACUUGUUGCUGCUGCAUCUCCUACAUUCUCAUCUGAUCAAAUGAAACUAGGGAGUCGAGAUGCAGAACAGAGGGGUAUGUUGACUGAAGAGACUCUUGGUAAAGUCAAGGAGGCUAAGUUACAGGCAGAGGAUGCUGCUGCUCUUGCUGCUGCCGCAGUUAGUCAUAGUCAAGGGGUAUGGAGUGAGUUGGAUAAGCAAAAGAAUUCUGGAUUGAUUUCAGAUGUUCAAGCAAAAAUAGCUUCUGCUGCUGUUGCCAUAGCAGCUGCUGCUUCUGUUGCAAAGGCAGCAGCGGCAGCUGCUAGGAUUGCGUCAAAUGCUGCAUUGCAAGCAAAAUUGAUGGCUGAUGAAGCACUGGUUUCAAGUGCAAAUAUUCAUCCUGGUCAAAGUUCUGAUGGCGUUAGUAUUUUGGGAAAGGCUACUCCUGCUUCCAUAUUGAAGGGUGAUGAUGGAACCAACUGUUCCAGUUCUAUUCUUGUUGCUGCAAGGGAGGCUGCAAGGAGGAGGGUUGAAGCUGCUUCGGCUGCCUCAAAGCGAGCUGAAAAUUUGGAUGCCAUAGUAAAAGCUGCUGAACUUGCUGCAGAAGCAGUUUCACAGGCUGGGAAAAUUGUUGCUAUGGGUGAUCCUUUGCCUUUAAGUGAGCUAGUUGAAGCUGGUCCAGAGGGUUACUGGAAAGCAUCCCAAGUAUUGUCUGAGCCUGUUGUCAGAUUAAACAACACGAACAGAGUACAGGCUGAUAAUACUGUUGAAGAAGGUCCUGAUAAACAUCCCAAAGUGUCUCCAUCUGAUAAGAAAGAAACACAUAUGGUAAACCAUGGGAAGCCACUUACUCGAAGGGAAAUGUCCAGGGAGUUGGUGGAGGACCACACGAGAUUGGUAGAUGGCAUGCCAAGUUCUGUUACUAGCAGUGAAAAGGAUUCUAGAGGGCAAAAGGGACGUAAGGUUUCUGACUUGGCCAAAACCAUUGGUGUUGUUCCUGAAUCUGAGGUUGGAUCAAGAUCUAAUUCCAUUGCUGUCCAGAAUGAAUAUGAAAGGACAACAGAAAAUUUGAAAGAGAACAGCAUCAAGGAGGGCUCCCUUGUAGAGGUUUUCAAAGAUGGAGAUGGUUCUAAGGCAGCCUGGUUCUCGGCAAAUGUAUUGAGUUUGAAGGAUCAAAAAGCUUAUGUGUGUUAUGUGGAACUUCCAUCAGAUGAAGGAUCAGGGCAGCUAAAGGAAUGGGUAGCACUUGAAAGUGAAGGAGAUAAGCCACCCAGAAUACGCUUUGCCCAUCCUAUGACUGCUAUACAAUUUGAAGGAACAAGGAAGAGACGUAGAGCAGCCAUUGGAGACUAUGCUUGGUCUGUUGGGGAUAGAGUUGAUGUAUGGGUACAAAAUUGCUGGUGUGAAGGAGUUGUCACGGAAAAGAGUCGGAAAGAUGAAACUAUGUUAACUGUCCGUAUUUCAGCUCAGGGAGAAACAUCAGUUGUUAGAGCUUGGCAUCUUCGGCCAUCUCUCAUCUGGAAGGAUGGGGAAUGGAUUGAAUGGUCAAGUUCAAGAGAAAAUGACCACGCUUUCCAUGAGGGUGAUACACCACAGGAAAAGCGAUUGAAGUUGGGCAGUCCAGCAGUAGAGGCCAAAGGAAAGGAUAAGAUGUCAAAGAAUAUUGAUGCAGUGGACAAUGAGAAACCUGAAGAGCCAGGAUUACUGGCUUUGUCAGGCAAUGAAAAAAUAUUUAAUGUUGGUAAGAACACCAGAGAUGAGAAUAAGCCUGAUGCACCCAGAAUGAUUCGGACUGGUUUGCAGAAGGAAGGGUCAAGAGUGAUAUUUGGCGUUCCUAAGCCUGGAAAGAAAAGGAAAUUUAUGGAAGUCAGCAAACAUUAUGUUGCAGACAGAAGCAAUAAAAUUAGUGAAGCAAAUGAUUCUGUUAAAUUUGCAAAGUACUUGAUACCUCAAGGAUCAGGACCCCGUGGAUGGAAAAAUACUUCUAAAAUUGAUUCCAAGGAGAAGAGGGCGGUUGAAUCCAAGCCCAAGGUUAUUAGGUCCGGAAAGCCACAGAAUGUUUCAAGUAGAACGGUUGCUCGAAAAGACAAUCUUUUGGCCUCUGGAACAUCUGCUUCAAAUGACACCAAUGUGACAGAUAAUCUUCCAAAUAUUAAGGAUUCUGUUAGCCAUGAUGAGAAUGCAUCAGGGAAGCAGAAUGUGAUCGAAUUUGAAUCCUUUUCUAACACUGAGGGGCAAGCAGAGGGUCCAAUCUUGUUUUCUUCUCUACCUCUUCCAUCCGAUGCUCCAUCAUCUAAGAAAAUGCCCGUAUCAAAUGUCAAAUCUCAACGGGUGAGUAAGGGGAAACUUGCACCCUCUGGUGGAAAGCUGGCUAAAAUUGAAGAGGAGAAAGUUUAUAAUGGUAAUCCUGGAAAAUCAGUUCCUGAAGCUGUUGAGCCCCGUAGGUCUAAUCGCAGAAUUCAGCCAACUUCAAGGCUAUUGGAAGGACUGCAAAGCUCAUUGAUCAUCUCAAAGAUUCCUUCUGUUUCACAUGACAAAGGACACAAAAGCCAGAACCGGAGUGCUUCUAGAGGAAAUAACCAUGGUUGAGGGGAGCUUCACAGUGAGGGAAUCCAAUCUGAAGAACUCAAAUGGGAACUUGUUGACAAAUACACCCACCAUAGUUUUCCUGUAUAUUUAAAAUAGAGGAGCAAACAAACUAGGAAUGGAAAUUCUCACUUCCUUGGGCUUAAGUUGUAAAAUCUAGUUAGCAGAUGUUCAUAUUGAUUUUUAGUUAAAACAAUUAUGAUUUGAUCUGCCUUAGGUUCCAUCCUACUAGGUUGUAUAUGGAAACAUUCCAUGUAGGCUUCAGAUCUGUAGGCUAGCUUUUCAGAUUAUCCAUCAUAACAUUUGCUGCUUUGUUUUCCCA